AUGGAUAAUUUGUUUUCACCAUCAACUUUAGCACUUGCUAUAUCAUUAGUACUUGUAUACAACAUAUGGAGGAUCAUAAAACCUUGUAACAAAUCAAAGGGUAAGAAACCACCACAACCAUCAUAUUCCUUACCUUUGAUUGGUCACCUCCAUUUACUAGGUAACAAAAUCCCCCUAGCAAGAAUCUUUGCUUCUCUCUCAGACAAAUAUGGUCCUAUCUUCCAAAUCAACUUAGGAGCAUACCCUGCCCUUGUUAUUUCCAACCAAGAAGCAAUCAAAGAAUGUUUCACCACAAAUGACAAAAUCUUAGCUUCAAGACCAAAGUCAAGUCAUGGAAUCUACCUUGGUUAUAACUUUGCUGGAUUUGGAUUUGCACCUUAUGGUCCAUAUUGGACUAAGCUAAGAAAAUUAGCCAUGCUUGAGUUACUCUCGCCUCGUCGCAUCGAAUCCUUGAGACAUGUUUACGAAUCGGAAAUUGAUACUUUGAUUAAGGAUCUUUCACUGUAUGUUAAAGAUGGAAAGGCUAAGGUUGUGAUUAGUGAAUGGUUGGAAAGGUUAACAUUUAACAUAAUGACAAAGAUGAUUUGUGGGAAAAGGUAUUUAGAGUAUAUGCAAGAUGUGGAUGAUGUUGAAGCACAUGGAAAAGUGCUAAAAUCUAUGAAAAGAGUUGCUAGAGAUUUGGAUAAAGUUGUUGGUAGAUGGGUUGAAGAACAUAUUGAGAAGAGUGAUGAUAUUGAUGAGAAACAUGAUUUUAUUGAUGUGAUGCUUUCUGUGAUUGAAGAUGAUCCUGUUUCUGGUCAUAGCCGUGAUACUAUCAUCAAGGCAAAUGUUAUGAAUCUUAUGCUAGCCGGAUCAGACACAACAUCAACAACAAUGACAUGGAUGUUAGCCAUAUUGUUGAAUAAUAUGAAUGCUUUAAAGCUUGUUCAAGAAGAGAUUGAGCAUCACAUAGGUCCACUAUUAGUACCCCACGAAGCAAAAGAAGAUUGUAACAUUCAAGACUAUUAUAUACCAAAAGGAACACGUGUGUUUGUUAAUGUGUGGAAAUUACAUAGAGAUCCAAGUAUUUGGUUAGAGCCAGAAAAGUUUUCACCUGAGAGAUUUAUUAAUGAGAAAGGUGAAAUUGAUCAUGAUGGUCAUCAUUUUGAAUAUCUCCCAUUUGGAUUAGGGAGAAGAGCUUGUCCUGGAUCUAUGUUUGCUACACAAGUUAGUCUCGUUACACUCGCUUGUUUGAUUCAUAGUUUUGAUUUUGAAGUGUCAGUGGAUGAAGUUGUUGAUAUGAGAGAAGGUUUAGGUAUAACCUUGCCCAAGCUAACUCCAUUGCAAGUUCUUUUGACACCACGAUUACCCUAUGAACUCUAUCAAUAA